GACAAGAAGGUAGCAUUGUGCCGACAGGACUGGCACCAAACCAGCAGCCACGUGGUGGUGACAGUCUAUGCCAAGAACCCCCUGCCCACCCUCAGCAGCGUGAAGGCCAACCGCACCAUGCUUGAGGCUCAUAUCAUCUUUGAAGGGAGUAAGAUUUUCCAGGCAGAACUGGAUCUCUGGGGGGUCAUAGAAAUAGAGAGCAGCUUUGUGAGCAUGGCCCCUGCCAAGGUGGAGAUUAUACUUUGCAAAGCCAGCCCUGGCUCCUGGGCCAGGCUGGAGCUCCCCCAAAGCAAGCUGCACUCCUGUGGUGAGCAGGAGAAGAAGGUUGCCAAUGUAGAGGAGCCCAGGGCAGCGCAGGAGGAAGUCUCGGAUGACAGCUUGAGCUGGUCAGAGGAGGAAGAUGAGCAGCUGGAGAUGGGAACACCAAGCAACUGA